UGCAUGAGGAAAGGAAUAAGGAUUCGGCUAAACCAGAACAAUAAAUAAACUGGACUUUGACUUCCUUCCUUCCUUCUUUCCUUUCUUGUCUUCUGUAAAGUCAUGUAGUUAUUUUGUCACCAUCUUGAUUAAAGCUCUACACGAGUGUUAAGUGUUGGUGAUGUCAUUGCAACUUUUUAACUGAUGAAUUAAGAAAAUUAUUAUGACCCGAUUAAGAACCAUAUUUUUAAAGUUUUGACUAAUUUUUUAACCUAACUAUCUUGACCGUCCUCCAGUAAUUUAUUUAAAGUUAUAAAUAUAUAAUAGUAUAAAUAAUUUUACAAACAUAAUUUAAUUCACGGACAACGAAUAGAACGAACUAUAAAAUACAAUAUAAUUACAAUUUUUGAUAAACUACAUAACAUAUAACGCUUAGAAAAUAACCAAGACUAGUUUUCAAAAUGGAUGACUCUGACGACUCCUCUUCAACUUCUUCGGGGCUGUCAAACGACGACCCCAUUGGAGAUAUUGGGGACAACCAGAUGCCAGAUACCAAAAAAGAUCAUGAAGAGAAGGAGGAGCACGAAGUACAAGUUGUUUUAACGACGGACACCGAAAAUUUGAUCAAAAAGGAGGAACCACCAAAUACAGAUAGAAAUAAUACUGCUGGGAACAUAUUUUGUCCACAAGUUCCAGGCACGAGUGUUGAUCAGACUUGGGACUACAGCUUAAGGCAACAACCUCCAAGUUCCGGUGAGCAGCCACAAUCUAAUAACAAGGGUGGGACCAUUUGGCUUGUUGAUGUCGAGUUCCAGAAAAAAUUGGAUGAAUAUAGUGUUUUUAGUGCGUGUGACCACGAAGUUAUCAAAUUACCUUGCCCAUGUCCGAAAAAGGAGUCUUUCUCCAUUUGUAAAAAGUGUCAUAGGGUUUUUUGCAGCAACAAGUGUCUUAAGAAAACAAAAGAAACUCAAAAUAAAGAGGGCAAACCUGAUGAAAUAACUGAAACAGAGGAGGUGGUCCCAUGUACUGACACCACCUCUGCAAUUACUUCGACUUCUCCCAAGGCAGCCAGUGUUAAGCCCAAAUCUAGUCCUAGGACUUUGCCUCAACCGUCCCAGAUGUCUCCAAAUAUAGCAGUAGCUUCAAUGCCGUAUCAUGAGAAUACAUUACGCCCAAAAAUGGGAAUGCUUCCUCCAAACAAGCAAUAUGGAGCAAGCAUGGGAAAUGGAAACCACCCCAAUCCUACACGGAUGAUAAAGUCACCACCACUCCCACUGUUCACUUCUCAAACUGGGGGAGGAAAUACAUUUAUGCCUAGUAAUGAGGAUGGACUUUUAGGAUCAUUUCCAAUGGGAAUGCCUAAUUUUCAGCCCAUGGCAUUCUUCCAACCACCACCACCCCCACAAUCCAUGCCAAUUAUGAACAACAAUAAUGCCCCGUACUAUCCAAUAAACACAAAUCAAUAUCACAUGGGAGGAGUUGGAAUGUCAAAUACAUUGAUGCCGCUACCAGCGGCACGAAGAUAUCAAGACAGACGUCAAAAUUUACCAACUACAAUUCCCCCAUAUGGACAUGGCAAUAAUAUGUCAAACCCACAACCAAGGCGUAUCACCAACAAAAAUUUGCCUCCCCCUCCCCCUCAACCUCAUCAUCAGCAACAUCCUCAACAUCCAACUCAAUUAUCUUCUUCGCGAAACUCUUUAGCGUAUAAUUCUCCACAUCUAAAACAUAAUGUACCCAAUCAAAUAACGGAGCAGCCUAAGCCAACUCUUUUGCAUAACUAUUCUGCUCCUCCGCUUAGACAAUCAUUCGAUGCUCAAAAAUCAGCAUUUGACCAUCCUCCAUUUGAAAAUAGUGUCUCCCAAUACAAAACUCAAAAGCCAACAAAGAAAGAAAUGUCUCCGGACAUGGAUAGUUUGCAGAAAUUCCGCGGACUUGGACGUGGGAAUAAAUCGCUACAACCAAGCUCUACGCAAAAAUCAGAAACUGAUAAUACAUACUCAUCAAUGGUAGAACCUUCUACAACUGCUGCAAGUCGACCACAACAUCAAGUAUUUAACUCAGCCGAUACUGGCGUGCAAGUUGCUUCUUCUCAAUUUAAUAAAACACGUGCAGUCAGAAAAAUACUGGUGGAUUCAACUAGUCAGAAUACUCAGUCCAAGUUAACCCAUCCUACUACUGAAAGUUACAAUAAUGUCAAAUCAGCUACUAAUUUUGCGAAUCCAAAUACUCAUCUUGCAAAUCAGCAAGAUCGAGCAGUACCUCGACAGGCCAUUAGGAAAUCGUCAUCCCAAAAGACGCAUUUGUCAUCUUUAUCCCGGAAAGACGUCAUCCUUGUCUCUGACAGUCCUUCUGAUGACCCAAUAUUUUCUGACCCGUACGUUUUUUAUGGUGUUCCCAUGCAGGCUAAUCACGCCUAUGGAGACUCGUUGUCUGAUUUUUACGUGUGGAGUGGAUUUGGAUGCAACAGCAACCAAUCUAUUAUCGAAGAGCUGACAUCAUUAGGAGAAGGUUCUUUGCUACCAAAAACUCCAAUUGUUGGUGAUUGCUGCAUUGCAAAAUACACAAGUGAUGGUGUUGAUGGAUGGUUUCGGGCACGUAUCAUUGACAUCAAGGAUGAUCAAGCGCAGGUCUAUUUCAUCGACUACGGUAACAAGGAAGUUGUAUCAAAUAGUCUCAUCAGGAAACUACCACUCUCAUUGCGAAAAAUGCGACCAUCCGCUAUUCGAGUUGAAAUCGGAGAUUUUCGACCGAAUGAAGGAAUCAACGCAGAAAACUUGGUUGAGGCUUUUUAUAAGUAUAUUCUCGAACAUAAAUUUCGCGUUACCAUUUUCGAAAAUUCCGUUCAGCGUCCUACUGGCAGGUUUGAGUAUCCAAUUUUGAAAGCUAAGUUUGAAAUUAAAGACAGUGAUGGUCAGUGGACAGAAUUGAGUGAUUGUUUAGAAAAUGAAGGACUUGGACACAAAAUCAGUUUUGAUACGCAAGUGUUCAAGAAAAAUGAAAAUGCCUGUGACGACUACCCAUGUUUCACCGAUGUACAUCGUGAGAUUCCUGCUAAAAUCAGUCAUGUUAACCAACCCAACGACUUUUAUGUUAUCCCUGAAGACAAUGUUACAAAGAGAGAAACCCUUUCUACCUCUUUGAAUGAUGCCAACAUGAAAUUCGAAGAAUUUAAAAUGGAAAAGUGGAUUGAAACCAACUACAUUUGCAUUUCUAAGCGAUUAGAAGGCAUAUGGGCACGGGCCAAGAUAGUUGAGAUAACUGAGGACUGCACUGCAAUAAUUCGAUUUAUCGACUUUGGAGAUACAGUCGAGAAACAAUUGCAAUACUUGAAGUGCGUCCCUGCAAACCUCCUGUCCAUUCCCCAGUUAGCAUUUCGGUGCAGUUUGCCAAUUCUUCCUCAGGACAAAUGGGAUUUGACUGAUUCGAACGUAACAGUUCUUAACGAUAUGAAAGACCUGGGCAUUUCUGCUAUAAUUAUAGUGUUCGCCAUGGAAUUCGAGAUCCCUGCUCAUAUUGUGGAAGUUUUUCAACUACAAAGUACUUUGGGACUUGCCAAGGCCUUGUUGAAGAAAACGGACUGUUUACAAGAGUACGAGGUGGACUUGGAUAUACGGAAAAAAAUUCAAGACCAGAUGCAAGAUCGACAGACGACAGAUUCAAGAACUGAAGUUGAAGUAGCCAAUGUUCAUGUACCAGCCAUAACAGCUCCUAUACUGCCCUCACAAUCAAAACCGCAAGAGCAACAACGAAUCUCUCCUUUGAAAAAUGACUUAUUAGUGGAACAUGAACUUGUAGAGAUUGCAAGUUUAGAUUUAACCGACGCGUCAUCAGAAAUUCGACUACCGUUGCCAAAUAUAGAGCCUCAAAAAUCUCUACACGAGUUUAAAAAAUCAGAAUUUAAAAUUACUUGCAUGGAAGGGUUUAAUCAACUUUGGAUCCAACCAACCAACUUGGCAGAUUUAGCAAUGCACUUGCAAGAGGUCAUAAUUGAAUGCGUUGAUUCAAAAAAUUGUUUCCAAGCACCUCCACCCCUCAACACGAUCGUAAUUGCUCCAUACCCAGAUGGAAAUUUUCAUAGAGGGAUUACAAGGAAAAUAUCGGUUGGAAAAAAAGUUAAAGUCAUGGUUGAAUUUAUCGACGUUGGAAAUAGCUUCAAAAUCUCUUUAAGAAAACUAGUACCUGCGUCAGAAAAUGUGGCAAAUUUCCCCAAGUUGACGUACCACGCCAAAUUAGUAGAUGUGGACGAUGACCCGCAAUUACUCAUGUCCCAGGAUUUAGAUAAAGUCAUGGACAAAGUAGCCAAUAUAACGUUUUUGAUGGACAUGUGCAAUGGAAAACAAGAACCAUACAUUGUGAGCUUAAGGCCGAAAGAUGCAGCUGAGGGCGACACUAUCUCCAGACGAAUUCUAGCUAAACAAGUUUGGGAAUGGGAAACUGUAUGGAAUGCUGGCUAUAAAGUUGAUAAAAUUUUGUUCAGCCAUAGCAAAUAUCGAGACUCUGUCCCUCUCAAAGUUGAACACAUAGAACCCACGAUGCUUCCACCAGGCCUAAAGUUAACGGGAGAAGUCAGCAGAUUUACAGUCGAAGGAGAUAUCUACAUUGUCAAUAUUACAGAUAAAAAUGACAUGAUUCAACGUAAUCAUCGAGUUCUUGAAGCUCAAAUAGCCAGAUUCGUUGAAAAAGUGGCCCCAACUACAUUUUUUCCAAUCAUUGACGAAGUUAUCUUAAUUUACAUCCCGGAUAUUCCUGAGUUACGGUCUAUGAAUUUGCAUGGCGUUGGAAAGUGGAAUAGAUGCAUCAGAGAAAACUCAGAAUACUUUCGCAACUUUGACUAUGAUGAAAUUUAUCCCAUCAACGCCGAGCAAUCUGGACAUUUUUUGUAUCGAAAAUUGUCGUUAGAAUUUUUUCACCGUGUCACAGUUGGUGUUGCUGAAUGUAAAUUGAAGGAUUUCAAACCUUCAUCCGCCCUAACUAAGCGAAUGCAGUCAAAACUUGGAGAAAGGAAAUCUGUGACAUUCAUGGUCGAUCGUUACGACGAAGACAAUUUGAUUAACAUAAUAACAAUUGAUGAUUUUUAAGUUUAAUGAGCAAGAAUUUGUUACUUCUCAGUUUGAAAUUUUAGCUCAAUCUACCCUUCGUUAUUUAUGACUUCUAGUAUUUUUUAAUAUUUUUAACUUUAUCUUGUUCAACCUGUUUUUACCAAGAUUUUAUUGUGGAAAUGACACUCCAGCUAGUUUUAUAAUGAAAAAAACGCGUAAUAUAUUUUUAUCUUGUACCGUCAAAUAAAAUUUGAUCGAUGCUUAA